AUGACUAAUGUAACAGUGACAGUCAUGAAUAAUCAGACUUCUGUGACAGAAUUCAUCCUAAUGGGAUUCACAGACAUCCCUCAGUUCAAGGUUUUAUUUUUUGUCCUUUUCCUGUUCCUCUACAUAGUAGCUCUUAUGGGAAAUUCUCUCAUUGGGGCUGCGAUCAGCCUGAGUUCAAGACUUCACACUCCAAUGUACUUCUUCCUGGUAAACUUAGCUUUGUUGGAUGUCAUCUGCACAUGCACUGCUGUGCCCAAGCUGCUGCAGAUUCUGGGGGGAGAAGAAAAUAUCAUUUCAUUUAGGGGAUGUAUGAUUCAGUUGUACUUUUUGACUUGGUCUGUGGCUGCUGAGCUCUUGCUCUUCACGGCCAUGGCUUAUGAUCGAUACGUAGCAAUCUGCCAGCCGCUGCAUUACAGCAAGAUGAUGAGUAGGGAAGUUUGUGUCUCCUUGGCUGUGGCUGUGUGGGGAAUCAGUGCAUUUGGUGCCACAACAAAUACUAGCCUCUUGUCGAGGUUGUCAUUCUGUGGCCCCAAUGUGAUCAAUCAUUUUCUCUGUGAGAUACCGGCUCUGCUGCCACUCUCUUGCUCAUCCACAUAUGUGAAUGAUGUCAUGACAAUUGUGGCUGACAUAUUCUUUGCUGUCCUGAAUUUCCUGCUUACCAUGCUGUCUUAUGGCUUCAUCAUCUUCAGCAUCAUGGCAAUCCAGACCACAGAGGGCAAAAAGAGAGCUUUUUCCACCUGCUCCUCUCACCUCAUCGUGGUGACCAUGUACUACUCCACUGUGAUCUAUGUCUACCUAAGCCCAGGCUCCAGCUACUCCCCAGACAAGGGCAAGAUCAUGGCCGUGCUUUACUCUACAGUGAGUCCCACCUUGAAUCCUCUUAUUUAUACUUUGAGGAAUAAGGAUGUGAAGAGGGCCCUCAGAAAACUCUUUAUCUUUCUCAAGGGGAAAUUAUAA